UGUAACUAAGUCUAGCCUCCCCAAAGUGGGUUUGGUCCCUUCAUAGUGAGAAUGGCCGAAAAGGCUGAUAAACAAGAUCCUUUGUUAAUGAAAGAUCGGGACAUGUUUUACACAUUUCUGGCAAAGUAUGGGGCUCGACCCUCUGUACCCAGAGAAGAUUGGGCUCAAGAUAAUUGGGCAAACUUGCAGAAUGUAGUGGACCAAGUGACCUCUUUACAGACUGAAGUUAAAGUUAGAUCAGGUAAGGGCAAAACUAUAGUCUGUGCCAUUUUAGGAGCCAGCCUGGUCGCAGCAAUCGAAGAUCGCCUUAGAAAACAUAGCAAUGAAAACAAAAUUAUAGAAUCCCUUGAAAAUUUGGUGAAAGUUCUGCAAAAAGUGAAUUAUGACUUAGAACAACAAUUAGAGAAAGAAAGGGAAGAAAACCGCUUGUUAAAAACCACUCUGAAGGCAAAAUGCUCUAAAGACACUGAAGUCCUGAGUGUAAUAGAGCUGGAAGUAGAGGAAAAGGGUAUUUGACAAAUAAACCCAAUAUACCCUCAGAAGGAGUUGGAAGAGGCGAGAAAAUGUUUUGUGGAAAACCCUCAAGUGAGACCCUUAAUUAAAACAGAAUAUACUUAUCUGAAUGAGGACGAUGAUGAUCCUCACAUUACAACCAAAGAGAUACCAUAUACUGCCACUGAGCUAACCAAACUGAAAAGAGAGUAUGGGCGCCUUCCUAAAGAAUCCGAAACGGAGUACGUGUGGCGCGUAUCCCUAACUGGGGGGGACCAAAUUCAAUUAAGUGAAAAGGAAGCUGGUGGCUAUUGGGGUCACAGAGUUUUCUUGACAACAGGAGAUAAACGUGCCCCAUGGUCCCUAACCCAGCGAGCUGCUUAUUGGGCUGGAGGAUUGAACCCUUUGGACAGAGAGGAUCCCCUGGCAAUCACUGGCACAGCUGAUCAAUUUUUAGAAAGUGUACACAAAGCAGCCUUACAAAUGAUACAUGAAAGACAAUUAAUUCCCGGAUGUGAAUCCCUAAUGAUGCUGCCGGUGAAUCCCAAAAUCAUGACCCCCUUGAUAAGGGGACUUCCAGAGUCACUCAAACCUACGGGGGUUAGCCUUCAAAGGACCAUCGUGUCGAUGGGCCCUGUAGAAAGGCUGGAAGGUUUUAUUAGAAGCCAGAGAAAUGAAACACCGGAUUCAGUUUCUUCCCACCAUACGACCUCAGCAUCAAGUAAUAAAAGGAUAUGGACCUGGGGGCAAGUAGCACAAGAAUUGAUAGAUUAUAGUAGGAAAUAUGGUCCUGUAAAAAUCCCAGAGGAAAAGUCGAGGGGAAUCUGCCAAAUAGAAGUUGAGGAUUUGCCCCUCCCCACCAGUAAAACUGUAGCUGCCGCUGAUGUCCUGAGAAAGGAGCAUCCGCACCAUAAAACAGGAAAGGGAGGACAGUCCAUGACUCGACAACAGUGGUGGCUUUUGGGAAUUAAAAUGGGAGUCCCCAGGGAUAUAAUGGAUGGCUUACCCUUUGAUAAAUUGAGCAAGGUAGUUUUGAAGUGGCAUAAUCCAAAACAACCCUCUCAUACACAGGGCAGGAAAAAAAUAUCACCCGAUACACCCUCAACUGCCCCCGCUGAGAAAGCUGUUUCCCAUGAGCAGGGAAGCUAGAACCUCCAUUCCCUGGUAGCGGGCGGGGGAAUGGAGGAUGGAUUUAUAUCCGUCAGCUCAUAAAAACUAAAGGAGGAGACAUUAAUCACAGCUAUAGCUGGCCCUAAGCGUGCACCAGUGACCUUUCUCAUCGAUACCAGUGCACAGGUCUCUGCUCUGACAGAGGAAGAUGCUGAAAGAUGUGGGGUUUUUCCCUUGAAGCACCGUUUUUAUGUUCUGAAUGCCUUAGGGUCGACAGAAGUUAUGAAAGCUGCCCCAGUAAAGUUGACUCUUCCAGGAGAGGAAGGUACGGAUAAUGGUGAUUGGAGACAUUCCAACAAAUUUGUUAGGAAUGGAUGCCCUCAGGGGAAAGCAGUGGGAGGACUCUGAAGGGUUGUUGUGGACCUUUGGAACACCGCAACUUCGUGUCAGAUUGCUUCAAACGGCACCCCCACUGCCGUUCAGCAGAGUAACUAAUGUCAAACAAUAUCCCCUUCCCCUGGGAGUGAAGGAGGGCAUUAAACCAGUCAUGCAGGAAUUGCGAGAACAGGGAGUGGUGAUAAAUACCCAUUCCCCUUUUAAUUCUCCAGUGUGGCCCUUAAGAAAACCUAAUGGGAAGUGGCAGCUCACAGUAGAUUUUUGGAGACUGAAUGCUAACACCCAUCCUUUAACUGCCUCAUUUAACUGCCACAGUCCCUAAUCUGGCUGAGUUGGUAACAGUAAUCCAGGAAAAAACCCAUCCAAUCAUGGCAACAAUAGAUGUUAAAGACAUGGUUUUUAUGAUACCUUUGGGACCAGAAGACAGAGAACGUUUUUGCUUUCACGUGGGAAGGGCAAAAAUUUACUUUCAUCCGCCUUCCCCAAGGGUAUAAACACUCUCCCACACUGGCUCAUCAUGCUUUAGCCCAGGAGCUGGAAAAAAUACCAAAACCCAAAGGCAUAGCUGUUUAUCAGUAUAUUGAUGAUAUUCUUGUGGGAGGAGAUGAAAUAGAGGGUGUGGGAGCAACUCAACUGAACAUAAUUUCACAUUUGGAAAAUUUGGGUUUGCAGAUUCCUCCAGAAAAGGUCCAAAAGCCCUUGCAAGAAGUGAAAUUCCUAGGAAUCUGGUGGAAAGGGGGAAUGACAUGCAUCCCACCAGACACCCUUGCUUCCUUAGAACAGAUCAAAAUGCCUGAGUCGAAAAAGGAUCUGCAACAUGUCUUAGGAUUAUUGGUGUUCUGGAGAAAACACAUCCCGGACUUUUCUAUCAUUGCCAGACCUCUUCAUGAUUUGCUAAAAAAAAGGGAUCAAAUGGGAAUGGACUGCUUCUCAGGAAGAGGCUAUGCAAUUGUUAAUUUUUGAAGCAACAGCACACCAAGCUCUUGGCCCUAUCCACCCUACAGACCCUUUCCAGGUGGAGUGGGGGUUUGCUUUAUCAGGACUGUCAGUUCACAUAUGGCAGCGGGGCCCUGAGGGUCCAACCCGGCCUGUGGGAUUUUACUCCCAUGGCUUUAGGGAUGCUGAGAGAAGAUACACUGUUUGGGGGAAAGAUUUGUUUGUGGUUAGCUUGGUUCUCAUAGAAAUAGAAAAAAAUCGUAUGACAACAGCCCAUUAUAUUGAGAGGCCCAUUUAAAGUUAUAAAAACAGUCACUACUGGGACCCCUCCCCCUGAUGGGGUGGCCCAGAAAGCCUCAGUACGAAAGUGGUAUGCUCAGAUUGAACACUAUUGUAACACUUUCUCUGUAUCUGAAGGAGCUUUAAAAAAACUAGCUAUACAAGAAGUAGAGAGCCUGGACGAGGGCCAAAAUAAACCUGCCUCAGUCAUUCAGGUGGCCCCUCCUUUUCCCUGUGAACAGUCAGUUAGUGCUUGGUUUACUGAUGCUUCUGCCAAACGAGAAGGAAAAGUGUGGAAAUACCGAGCAGUAGCACUCCAUACCUCUUCCGAUGAACAAAUUAUAACGGAGGGAGAGGGUAGUGCACAAGUUGGUGAAUUAAUUGCAGUAUGGAGUGUUUUUCAACGUGAAGCACAAACUACUUCUCCUGUUUACAUUUAUACUGAUUCUUAUGCUGUGUUUAAGGGAUGUACCGAAUGGCUUCCUUUCUGGGAGCAAAAUGAAUGGCAGGUUAAUAAGAUUCCAGUGUGGCAAAAGGAAAAAUGGCAAGACAUCUUAAGUAUUGCUAGCUGAGGGAACUUUGCUGUAGGUUGGGUAGCUUCUCAUCAGAUAGAUGGGGGGUCAGCAGGAGAAUGGAAUAACUGGGCUGGUGAGUUAGCAAGGCUAGCUCCUGUACAGAAGGACCAGAUUUCAGAAGACUGGGAAUGCCUGUUAGAAUGGUUGCAUGUAAAACGCAAACACACAGGAGCUAAAGAUCUGUACCGUGAAGCCCUUGCCCGAGGCUGGC